GUCGGCUGUGUUCGUUCUCCUGCUCGCCCGAUAUUCCGCUCCCUCGCCGGCUGACCGCCGUCAUCUCCUUCGUCGGUUAUUGCCAGUCGUCACGGCCUGCCAUCGUCCGGAGCUUCUACCACGUAACGAAAGCAAGCAGUGUUGGUGGGCGGUAUGUAAUCUCCUUGUGGCUGCUCCUCCUUUAACUCGCAGCUGGGACGAGUGCACGUCUUCCCCCGCUUCGCAGAAAUCAUGUGAGGAGCAGUAGCGGCGGAGCCGAGGAGGACCGACGGCAGGGAGAGUGGCUGUGGCUGACAAGUCGCAUCGAGCGAGCGAGCGAGCAGGAGAGACUUGAGAGGGCCUGGGGUGUGAAAUAAGAGAUCCCGUCCCAGCAGUGGGUGCCACCUGACCUGAACGAGACGGAAGAGUCGUGUGACAUCAGCCGACAGACUUGCGCCCAACCUGACUGUGCCCUCUCAUUUUAUUUUGUUUUUUGGCUGUGGUCAUUUCUUCCCUCUUCCUAGCCCCCCCCAGGAAGGGGUGGGGGAGGGCGAGAUCCCUUUUGUCAAGCAGCUGGAUUUUUGUGUCUUUUAGGGGGUGGCGGGGGGGGUGCACUCUGUACGCAGUUUGCACAGGAAGACCAAACCUGAGCAGCCGGUGGGCACUUGGACAGUGAGCAGCUUUGCUUGGGUGUCCGAUUUCUCCCCCCCACCCCUCCACCCAUCCCCUUCAAGGGUGUCACGCAUUUUGGACGAGAAAGUGGAGAUUUGUUUUCCGGGACGUCAGGUGUCCUCCCAAGAGAAGUGGAGGCCACAACGGCAGCACGUGGAAUUUAUACGUUCUGCAAAAAAAAACAACAACCACCACCCGUUCAAAAUAACAAACCACCCUGGUGCCUUUUUGUUGUGACUGGAGCCGGGAAUUGUGGGAGAAGCAAUGGGAAUGGCAGGAAAGGAUUACGACCACCUGUUCAAGCUGCUCAUUAUUGGAGACUCCAAUGUCGGGAAGAGCAGUUUGCUGUUGCGGUUUGCGGACAACACCUUCUCAGGAAGUUACAUCACGACGAUUGGUGUAGAUUUCAAGAUCCGCACCGUUGAGAUUGAUGGGGAGAAGGUGAAACUGCAGAUCUGGGACACCGCUGGCCAGGAGAGGUUUCGCACGAUUACAUCCACGUACUACAGAAACACGCAUGGAGUGAUCAUCGUCUACGACGUCACCAACCCCGAGUCCUUUGUGAAUGUCAAGCGCUGGCUGAAUGAGAUCGGACAGAACUGCGACAACGUCUGCAAAGUCCUCGUGGGAAACAAGAACGACAACCCAUCCAAAAAGCAGGUGGAGACGCAGGAUGCCCGGCGCUUCAGUGACUCCAUGGGGGUUCCAUUCUUCGAAACCAGCGCCAAAGAGAACAUCAAUGUGGAAGAGAUGUUCAUGGCUAUCACGCACAUGGUGCUGCGGGCCAAGAAGGCGUCUCAAGCCCGGCUGGUGCAGCACGGCGAUCUGGUGAAGAUCAACGGCAAGCAGCCCAAGAAGAAGGUGAAGCGAUGCUGCUGAAAGAAAAAGCAGUGGGGACGAGGGAGUUGGGGGGGAGAAUGAGCACGGAGAGAGAGAGCGCAAGAGCGAGCGAGCACGUGAGAAGGCAAGGCGACGUUGAACUGCCCCCUGCUGGCUGGCGCCUCUGUGACCACCACCAUCACGAGCCACCACAACUGGGCAGCGGGGAUGAGCCUGGCAAGUGAGGGGACUGAUUUGAAGGAACCACUUUUUAUCUCGUCGUCGUCUUUUUGUUUUUGGAUUCUACCAAAGCCACUUCAGACUUUUUAAGGGGAUGGGGUAGGUUGGAUUAUGGUGGGGGGGGGGGUGUGGGGGGGGCCACCCUGUAUGUGCUGCUCAUUUUGGGAUGGACUGGAUUUGAUUUUAGGGUUGUUGCUGUUGCCACUGCUGCGAUGGCCCACCAGCCUGCCCCCCCCAGUCAGCCUAGGAGUUUGGGGGGGGGGGGGGGGUUUGGUGUGCCCACUCUAAUAAGCCUUCAGCUCACUCACUUACUAGCAUAUUGCUGUGACCUUUGAGCCUAAGCAGUUGCUUUAUUUUAAUAUUUGAUGUAUGCCCUUACUGGAUUGGGGGGGGGGGUCACCCCCCCCUUGAUACACUACAGCGUUAUAGGCAUUAGCCCAGUGGAGAGCAAGCCAGUCUGGACACCUCCAUUGAGGGUUAUUGUUUGACACGGGUUCAAAUGGUGAAUGGCGCCCGCUUCUCCUCUGCCCCACUCGCUUCCUGUUCAAUUGCACUGUAGUUAGACACACCAGCACGUUCACCAUGGACACUGUGGCGGCCGGCCGGGCGGUCAGUGGCCAAGCCCGCCAUGACAAGAAAAUCAAAAUCAACCUGCACUGUGACGCCGAGGGGGGGGGCGGGGGUGUGACUGUUUAGUUCACUGCUGCAUUGUGGGAAUGUACUGGCAUUUCAAUUAGAUGCUAACUAACACUUUUUUUGUUUAACGAUGUAACUGGAAAGAAAACCAAUUUAAUAAAGAAAUGAGUGAAAAAUGAA